AUGGCAUCGAGGUCGGGCCAAUCAAGUAGAUCCAACCAAUCCGCCGCAAAUGACCGCUGCGACCAAACCAAGUACCCCGGCAUCGCCUACACCACCUAUUACGUGAACAGUAUCCAACGCAGCAAUGCCAACAUGGCCGGGUGUUUCGGGUUCACGUGGGCCAGCUCAGUGCACACGCUCUUCUUCAGUGAUCCCGUCACGCAACCGCUCUUCGACGAGUGGGUGGAAUACCGAACCUAUCUGAAGGGGGUCAUCGGUCGUAACAAGGAAUUCAAAGUUGACGGGCCGAAACUAUUCGAACGGUACAGAGAUCCUAGAUUGGAGGCGGUUCUCGAUGCGCCGGGGCCCCCGAAGAUCGGAGCAGGGGAUUUGAUCCGAAAGCACAAUAUUGUCAUUCUGGGGGUGCUCUGGUUUGUCCAUCAACUGGUGAAAAGGAAGCGAUAUCUCUUUCCGCGGUCGAGGGUUGCCCCUGGCUCGGAUGGUCGUGAUCGUGUCGUUCUUCUAGAUCCGUAUGAUCUGCUGCAUGGAUGGAAGCUGUUGUCGAGGAAGAUGUACAAUCUGGAGGAGAGAGAUGGUCCAUCGGCACCGGCUACUCCGCCAACUUGGUGUGAUUGCGAAUUACACCACAUCGCUGCGGUUGUAACGGAUGCCAUGGUCGAGGAGACGGGAGAAGUAAGCGAUGAGACGGAUGUGGCGGAUGAUGAAAAAGAUGUCAACUAUGAAACGGAAAGUGUAGUUUAUACGACGGAAGAGAUGAGUUUGGGGUCAGACAAUGCGAGCGAUCCGCCAUUAUCGAAGAAGGAGGGGAAGAAGAGAAAGGAGAAGAUGUCGAAAGAGAAGAAGAAACAGGAGAAGCAGAGGAAGGGGAAGGAGAAGGAGAGGGACAAAGAAGGAGAGGAGAAUAUUUGGGACCAAUCAUAUAACCUGAAGUUGUUCGGGGAGCCAUCGGAAGAGCCUGAGACCCCACAGGAGAAUAUCUGGGACACGGACGACUGUAAUGAACUGUUUGGGAUUACUCCUAAGAAGGAUGGUGCCGAUAAGUAA